AUGUCUCAAGCACAACAACGCCUCUCCCAGGUGUCCUCGCACCUCUCCACGCCAAAAUCCACCUCCAACAACAUCCUCUCCAAAAACCCAGAUGACAUCGUCGUAACCGCCGCUCUCCGCACCCCUUUUACCAAGGGCGGAAAGGGAGGCUUCAAAGACACCGCCGCCUCUGACCUCCUCGUCGGUGCAUUCCAGGGCCUUCUGAAGCGCAGCGGUAUUGAUCCGAAACUCGUUGAAGAUAUUGCCGUUGGAUCGGUGUUGCCACCCGGCGGAGGAGCAACUGAAUUCAGAGCUGCGGCGCUUGUGGCUGGGUUCCCAGAGUCGACUGCUGUGCGCAGUUUGAACAGGCAGUGUUCGAGCGGAUUACAGGCUGUGACUGAUAUUGCGAAUGCCAUCCGCGCGGGUCAGAUUGAGGUUGGUGUUGGUGCGGGUGUGGAGAGUAUGAGUUUGCAAUACGGACCCGGUGCCGUAACAGAAUUCUCCGACCUCCUCGAAAACCACCUACAAGCCGCAAACUGCAAAGUGCCCAUGGGCGUCCUAUCCGAAAACAUGGCCAAAGACCGCAACAUCACCCGCGCCGACCAAGACGCCUUUGCCGCCUCAUCCUACCAAAAAGCCAUCAAAGCCCAGAAGGCGGGUCUAUUUGACGAAGAAAUCUACCCUUUGACCGUGAAAUGGACAGACCCCAAAUCCGGCGAGGAGAAGACCAUCACCGUCAAGGCUGACGACGGCGUGCGCGAGGGAAUCACAGCUGAGUCUCUCGGCAAAAUCAAACCCGCCUUCGCCAAAGACGGAAGUAUUCACGCCGGUAACGCAUCGCAAGUCUCCGACGGCGCUGCCGCUGUACUGCUCAUGAAGCGCUCCACAGCCGAAAAACUAGGACAAACUAUCAUCGGAAAAUUCGUCACGGCCUCCAUCGUCGGCGUCGAGCCUCUACUCAUGGGUAUCGGACCAUGGAAAGCCAUCCCCGUGGCCCUCGAAAAGGCUGGAAUCUCAAAGGAUGAUGUAGACAUUUACGAAAUCAAUGAAGCGUUUGCGUCGCAAUGCGUUUGGUGUGUGAAGGAGUUGGGAUUACCUUUCGAAAAAAUUAACCCGAAAGGUGGCGCGAUUGCGUUUGGGCAUCCGUUGGGAUGUACGGGAGCGAGACAGGUUAGUACCCUGUUCACGGAGCUGAAGAGGACGAAUAAGAAGAUCGGGGUUACGAGUAUGUGUGUUGGAACGGGGAUGGGCAUGGCUGCUGUUUGGGUUGCGGAGUAG